GCCUUCCCUUCCCCACGAUCCCCCUACCACCAACCCUCCCCCCUCCCUCUCACUCACCACCAAUAACUAUCAAUAAGACAACAGCGAAAACAAAAAUACCAAUGGAUUUCGCCCCCUACCAAUCCGAGUCUCCGGAGGUCUCAAGAAACUUCACCCGGCCGACUUCCCCACCUGUACGGUCCUCAUAUUCACCCCUCCCCACGCCCCAAGUCCCCCCGCCUGUACUGCCAACCCACUCUUCGCCGUCGGGAUGGGGUAGCGGUGGGCUAGGUCGGGAGACGAUAAAUCAGUUUGAGACGAGUUUGCCCAUACGGUUGGACUGGGAAGCCGUUAUGGCAUACGUGCUAUUGCCGCCUGCUGGUGGUGUGUUGUUGUUGAUUUUGGAGCAUAAGAGUGAUUAUGUUAGGUUUCAUGCGUGGCAGAGUUCGCUUUUGUUUGCCUUCCUGGUGAUCCUACAUCUUAUCUUUUCGUUCUCGGCGUUCUUGUCGUACUCGCUGCUAGUGGCGGAUUUAGGCUUGGUUGGGUAUUUGGGGUUCCAUGCCUAUGUUGAUGCGGAUACUCUUGAUAGAUGCGAAGUGCCCUUCUUUGGCCCCUUGGCCAGCUCGAUUUUGGAUGAUGAGUAAGUGUUGCAAGGGGUUUUCGGCGGUUAAUGGUUAUUUCCUUUAUGAUAAGGUCCAAAUUUCUCAGUUUCGUGAGCAAGCAGCUAUUUGUAAGAUAUAGAAGUGUAUCGACAAGGUUUUGCAGUGGGCCUAGGAGAGGCUUAAUAAUGAUUUUCUGGGCAAUAUACUGCAUAGUACCGGUUAUAUAAUAUAUCCUUUUGACAUUCAA